AUGAACGAACAUCAUCGACGUCCAUCAGAGGAGGGCGCGAGAAAUGAGUCGUAUGAGCCGCGUAGUGCCCCUGCGACCCCAUGUCCCUCCAUGUCGGACUUGCCCCCACAGCAGAGAGCACAGGGGUCUGCAACAUCAGGUCCAGGUCCAGCAUCAAAAUCAAAAAUUCCCUUGAGAGAAGCUGCCAAAACAUCAAACUCGGGGAAAGUUGCUAUACCUCGACAACCCGUCAAUGCCGCCCCGCGCUACAAUCGUCGCGUGCCGAGGGCUUGUUUAUCGUGUAGAAGCCGAAAAUCCAAGUGCAGUGGUGAUACUCCAGUGUGUCGCCAAUGCAGGGAGCUACGCGUUACCUGUCACUAUCCUGUGGGAUGGAGAGAAAAAAUGAAGAAGGAAGUCGACCGGCUAUCCGAAGAGGUAAAGGACUAUGAAAGCUUUUUGAAAGAUUUGAGAAACUCCAGUGAGUCUCGUACAACCGAAUGGGUUAAGACUCUACUAGGCAAGCACGGAUUGAAAGGGAAUGAUAUUUUCGACAAUUCCUCAUCUCUUUUGUCAACGCCUCAGAAUGAGAUAGAUCCCGAUGAACCUUCACCUCUUUCAUCUAUUGGCUCUUUGGAGACGAUUGAUCGAGUCGAUGAGGAUCAUAAUCGAUCGAAAAGUACCCAAGCAACUGGCUUCAUGGGCAAAAGCUCUGAAAUCAACUGGAUGCAACGCGUCCAACGAGAAGCAGAGCAACGAGCCCAUGGCUAUCCUGGAAGCUUAGACUCCAAUCAAGACGACGAGGAUGAAAAGGGCGUCUUCUCUCUUCAUACCCUCAACUAUCACCUAGAUGACCUCGAAAUCUCUGUCCCGGGGCCGGUUCAACUGUACAGCAUGCCCCCUCGACAUCUGGCAGAUCGACUCUUCGAGGACUACUUGAAUACUGUCCAUCCCUUCUUCCCCAUAAUCAGUAAACCUCUUUUCUGUGCACAGUUCCAGACCUUCUUCGACGGGUUUGUUCGAUCGAGCACGGCCCGCCCUGGGGACAAGUGGCUUGCCAUUUUGAAUACGAUUUUCGCUAUUGCAGCCAAACAUGCCCAUCUUAUCAACGCUCCAUGGCAGGGAGAUGAAAAUGAUGAUCUCGUGUAUUUGUCUCGGGCUAGACGGCUCAGCAUGAAUAGCGAGGUCUUGUUCAGCCAUCCUGAUCUGCAGCAAGUACAAGUGGAGGGCUUGAUUGCAUUCUAUUUACUUGCUUCAGAUCAAAUUAACAGGGCUUGGAGAAUAUCUGUCCUCGCUAUGCGCUCUGCAGUCACACUCGGCAUCAAUUUAAAAAACAACAGCCCGAGAACCCCCAACAUCUCAAAGGAGGCCCGCUACAAGGUCUGGUGGUGCCUUUGCACAUUUGAAAACUCUCUCGGUAUCAUGACAGGCCGGGCGAUCUAUACACUUGACGGCGGAUAUGCCACACCCUUACCACUUCCGUUUGAAGAAGACCAGCUUUCAGUGGAUCCAGAAGCUGUAAAGGUGCUUAACGACGCAACUUUAAGAGAUGAGCAAAUCAGCAACGUGAUGGCAAGCUCCUCCAUUCGACAACCCGGAGCAAGAGACGACACCUCCAAAUGUCGAUCACGAGACCAAUCGUGGCUCCAAAACCUGCCUGCCAAUACCGGGCUGUGUUUUCUUUACUACUGCGAUUUAUCCGUCAUCACACAAGACAUCAUCAACAAAGUGUACUCGACAAACUCAGUGACACUCCCCUGGUCGGAAAUUGAAAACCGACUUGACGAGCUGCGCACCCGCAUCGAACUGUGGCAUUCAAACCUCCCCACAGCACUGGACUUCACACAAGACGACAGCGAAGACGCACCGGACCAGCUGCGCUGUAAAAUCUCCCUGGCAUUUCAUUACUACAGUGCUCGCAUCACCCUGGGCCGACCGUGUCUCUGCCGCCGGGACGCGCGCCAAAACAACUCUCCUCAGACUUUCAGUCACAUGAUGGCAUUGAUGACUCUGGAGUCUGCUUCCAACAUUCUCGAUCUCAUACCAGAGGAGCCGGACGUCAUCCAACUGUACCAAGUCUGUCCAUGGUGGUGCGUUCUACGCUACCUCAUGCAGGCUGCGACAGUCAUCCUGCUCGAACUGUCAUUUGGCAGUGUCCACCUACCAGAAGAAGAGAUCAAGUUUGUUGGUCUUGCGAAGAAGUCCAUUCGCUGGUUUUACGCCAUGUCCGAACGCAGCAUUGGCUCUAGACGUGCUUGGCAGCUAUGUGACUCCAGUUUCAGAAAACUUGCCAGUGGCAUGAAAUACACUACUGACGACUUACCCUCCCCGACACCACAACAUGAUCGCGACAUAGGCGAACUAGGGUCUCACUUCACUGCAGAGACUGGUCCAAGUACAGCCACUUCUUCUCGGGAUUACUUCACCAGCAUUCCUCUGGAAGACCCGACCCCGUUCGGCGCCCGCUUAGUACCAGACGAAGACUUAUAUACUAGCUAUUUCAACCUUCCGACACCCGAUCUGAUCUGGCCACCAACAGGCCAACCUGAACUCGCAGAAGAUUCUUAUUUUCCUUAUGAUCCAUUAGGCGGCGACUUUUUCAGAUCUGUUUUUCCAUCUUAUGAGGACGAGGAACGAGACCAGCAACAACAUCAGCAACAACAGCAAUAA